AAGGCAAAGAUGGCUGCUCGUCAGAGGUUUCUAGCGGUAUGGAAGGCUCAUGGAAUAACUAUCAGCUCAACAGAGAGAAGAUUACGCUCCCGUUGCCUCUCCACUGGCACAGGGGAAAAGGGGAGGAUGAGUGGGAGCAGGGUGUUCUGGCUCUACGCCAUGCCAGUCACCGCCUUCUGUCUUGGUACCUGGCAGGUCUACAGACUCCGGUGGAAGAAGAGACUCGUAUCUGACCUGGAGAGGCGGACCUCCCAACCUCCCAUCACCCUCCCUGAAAAUGUUCUGGAGAGGCUGGAUGAACUGGAGUAUCGUCGGGUGGAGCUGCAUGGAGUCUUCGACCACUCCCGGGAGCUCUACGUUUGGCCCCGCCCACUAAUUUCCGAUGAUGUAGUCCCCAAGGGAGGGCGGGGGAGGACGGGCGGGGCACUUGGCGGGAAGGGCCCACAACCAGGGGCUUUUGUCAUCACACCUUUCCAUUGCCGGGAGACAAAUGGUCUGAUAUUAGUGAACCGAGGGUGGGUCCCUAGGCAACAGAUGCACCCCUCCACGCGACCAGAGGGACAGAUAGAGGGAGAGGUGGCCCUCACUGCCAUCCUCAGGAAAACCGAGAAGAGGCUUCCGUUUGCUCCCAGGAACAAUGCGGACGAUAGCCACUGGAACUGCAAGGACAUUGACAGGAUGUCACAAGUGGCAGGCACAGAGCCUAUACUUGUGGAUGCCGACGCCACCACCACAGUCCCUGGAGGCCCCAUUGGAGGUCAAACAAGAGUCAACCUCCGCAAUGAACACCUGCAAUACAUCAUUACUUGGUAUGGGCUAUCACUAGCUACCUUCUACCUGGCAAGACAGUUUAUGAAAGGGAGAAUGUUCCGAUAG